AUGAAGUACGUUCUAGUGUCUGGAGGUAGGUUCUUUGCAAAUUUUGCUCUUUGAUUGGGGUUUCACAGCCUGCUGGACAAUGCCACGCUGUGAGACUGGAAGCCUGGGAUGGCUUCGGGGGACUGCGCACGAGGAGGCCGAACUGCUGUUGAUAAGAAGCUAACCAUACCUGCAGGUGUCAUCAGCGGCGUCGGCAAAGGCAUCAUUGGUAUGAACUCGAAUUCGUGCCGCUUCCGGUCUUCAGCUAGCUCACACAAUAUGAAGCCUCUUCCGCAGGCCUGCUGCUCAAGACUAUGGGUCUCAAGGUCUCCAGCAUCAAGAUCGAUCCCUACAUCAACGUCGAUGCUGGCCUCAUGAACCCACGCGAGCAUGGCGAGGUCUACGUCCUGGACGAUGGCGGUGAAGUCGACCUCGACUUGGGCAACUACGAGCGAUACCUCAACAUCACAUUGACGCGCCAGAACAAUAUCACACUUGGCAAGAUCUUCGAGAGAGUCAUUUCGAAAGAGCGAGAGGGCAGAUACUUAGGCAAGACGGUCCAGAUGGUACCGCAUGUGACCGGCGAGAUCGAGCAGUGGAUCGAGAGAGUCGCCAAGGUCCCGGUAGAUGACACUGGAGAGGAGCCGGACGUCUGCAUUGUCGAGCUCGGAGGGACGGUUGGAGAUAUGGAGAGCAUGGCCUUUGUUGAAGCUCUUUGCGAGCUGCGGAGAAAAGCAGGACGUGACAACUUCAUGCAGAUCCACGUCUCCUACGUUCCGGUCGUUCACGGAGAGCAGAAAACGAAGCCGACGCAGAUGGCGAUCAAGGCAGUACGCAUGGCUGGCCUCGUUCCGGAUCUCAUUGCGUGUCGAUGUGAGUAUCCGCUCGAAGCUGGUGCCAUUGAAAAGAUUGCGCGCUUUUGCCAGGUCGAGACCGAGAACGUGCUUGCUGUCCGCGAUAUGCCUUCCACUUACCAAGUACCCAUUCUACUAUACGAACAGAACCUAGUAAAGGCCAUGAAAGAGGUUCUACGAUUGGACGCAGUUCAGCUCGACCCAAGCCUUGUGAAGAAGGGAUUGCGCAUCUGGGACACCUGGAAGCGGCUCACGCUUGGGCUGGAGCACAUCCACGAGCAACUCGAGAUUGUUCUUGUCGGCAAAUAUCUCGACCAACCUGAUGCUUAUUGUUCCGUCAUCAAGUCACUCGAACACGCCUCGAUGUACUGCCGAAAGAAGCUGAAGGUCAAGAACGUAGAUGCCGAACAUCUGGAGCUUUCUACCAGCAAAAGUGACCCGGCAUCCUUCCACAAAGCCUGGCACAAUGUCUGCACAGCAUCCGGCAUCCUCGUCCCUGGUGGUUUUGGCAGUCGCGGAACGGAAGGUAUGAUAGCGGCUGCGAGAUGGGCACGAGAGAACAAGACUCCCUAUCUUGGAGUCUGCCUGGGCAUGCAGAUUGCGGUCAUUGAGUUUGCACGUUCCGUGUGCAACGUUCCCUUGCCACAAGCCACCUCCUCUGAGUUCGAUGGAACCGACAGUGAUCGCGUGAUCAUCGACAUGCCAGAGCAUCAUGGAGAGAAGAUGGGAGCCACCAUGCGACUCGGAAUCAAGCCUACCUAUUGGCAACCAGGAACUGAAUGGAGCAAGCUCCGCGCGCUUUAUGGCAUCAAGAGCGACAGUGUCACUGAGCGCCAUCGCCACCGAUAUGAGGUCAACCCAGCGUACAUCACACAACUCGAGGAGAACGGCAUGACUUUCAUCGGCAAGGACGAGACCGGCGUGCGACAAGAAGUCAUCGAGCUGAAGGAGCACCCUUGGUUCGUGGGCGUCCAAUUCCAUCCCGAGUACCUCUCACGCGUCCUUCAUCCAUCAAAGCCGUAUCUGGGCUUCAUCGCCUCAUCCGCGGGUAUGCUGGACGAAGUCAUGCGCGGCGGAAGCCCGACUGGACGACUAUCGCCCACGACCGGUCUGUACGAAGAGUUCAAUCAGACCGAUGGCGGCGCGGUCGUGAACGGGCUCGUGAAGGGUGCCGAGAAAGCUGCCUUCUAG